GCCUUUUUUUUUUUUUUUUGAGUAGGUACACAUUUUGGAUGAAAAGUUUUACUUUUAACAGACGAUGCUCUAUCAGUGGCAUAACAUAAAUGCCACUUAUAUCCCGGACGAGAAUUGUUUCUAGUUGGAACGUCGGCAAAUUUUGUCUCGAGUAAUCGCUAAACUGAGGAACUACCUAAGGAGUAUCCUGCAAACACUAAGGUAAAUGGAAUAAGUCUAAAGAAAAAAACAACAAACAAACAAAUAAAAAAAGAAAGGAAUAAGGCGGUAAGCGCAAUUUGCGAAUGAGAAACUUCGUGGUAAUUUAAGAUUCGCUACACCCAGUGAAAUACAUUUUCAUAUUCGAAUCUUGUAUUUCUUAUUUUUCUAACGUCAAUUUUAAAGGCGUUUUUCUGUGAGUCUUGUGAAACUUGGACUAGGGAAAUAACAUGGUUCCUGUGCGUGCAGCUUGAUUCAUGGUUGCAUAGCAACUUAACGAACCGUUUGCUAAACAUUCAAGCCACAAGUACUAAAGGUCAUGAGAAUAAAUUGUGUGAAUGAUAUUACCUCCAUGUUUGCGGCGGGUGUGGGUAAAAAGCGGAUCUGAUCAAGGUCUUCCCUCGUCGAUGGUGUUAAUGUUCCUAACACGUGCAAAUCACGGUGCAAAGUUAAAACGGUUUCAAAUUUAACAUCUUCGCGUGACAGUGAUGACACGAUCGUAGAGAUCUCAUACCGAUAUUUCUCAAUCAACACUUGAUAUAACUUGUGUAAUGAGUGUGUGAGUUGAAACAAAAUACGCAAAAAGAUCGUCUUCGGAAAACAUGCUAAUCUGCGAUAAUGGGACCUAGGAAUUUAUAUGGCGAGCCGUCUGCGUGAACAUUCCUUGUAUAACCCAAAAUAUUACCGGCUCAAGAGGCGACAACAACAGCGUGAACAGGAGAGCUGGAGCAGUGAUGCCUUCGCAUGCGCUGCAUAUCACCCGCUCCAAUAAGCGAUUAUUGAGGAGAAUUGCCGGUGUUUUCUACGUGGCAGUCACAAUUGCAAUAAUAACAGUUUGUCUCCGCGACUGGUCCCAGACUUGGCGAAUUGUUUCGUCUCCUCCAGCGAGACAAUUACGUUCGGUAAAUGUCCACACAGAGGUACAGCAUUUAAAGACACCGACACCAGCAAGUGUGGAAAAGACAGGAGCAACUACAAUAAAAACAGAAAUUACAAAGAGUUCGCCAGUGGAGUUAGAAGGCACUCACAGAACAGUCAGAGUAUCUACAAUUGAGGAACGACUUCCUCUUGAGCACAAAACAACUCUUACCUCCACAACAAAAUGCAAUCAGCAUUAUUUCCUUCUUAUUCUUGUCUCUUCUGCUCCAGCGUAUUUCGACAGACGUAGAUCAAUACGACAAACGUGGGCCGUUGACAGCUCCAUCAACACGCGCUGGAAAACAGUGUUUCUGCUCGGCCAGUCCCGAGACAAAAAUGACACUGAGCUACUUCAACGUGAAGAUGCGUUUUACGGCGAUCUGAUACGUGCAAACUAUUACGAACACUAUUGGAACCAAACGCUCAAGAUUGAAAUGGGUUUUGAGUGGGCAGCCAGGUAUUGUAGCUUUAAAUUUCUACUCAAAGCGGAUGAUGAUGUUUUUAUUAAUCCCCCGGCCGUCAUCGCCGUCCUAAACAGAGCAGCAACUCCAAAAGAUAAACUCUAUAUGGGACAUGUGUACAGAAAUCCCCGGGUCCAAAGGACCGGGAAAUGGUCGUUAAGUCAAGAGGAGUAUAAAAUGACAAAUUAUCCUGACUUUUGUGCCGGGCCAGGGUAUAUUUUAUCCACCGACGUUGUGACUUCGUUCGUCAGUAUCUUUGGUCGUAUUCCGCAGUUUAAAUUUGACGAUGUUUAUGUCGGGAUGCUCGCCGCAAAAAUGGGGCUUAACGCCGUUCACGUCAGGGGGUUUCAAACACCGCCAUAUUUAUCUAAAACGUGUGUUUUAUAUGACAACACUUUCGUCCGACAUGGGGCCGUGGGGCAAUGUUUAAUUGACCUUUUCCAAAAAUCUCAAAUCAAAGGAAUGUCACCCUAACUAAUGGUUCAGCCUGAUUAUUUAUGUUCUUAAUGGUCGUUAACUACCUUUGACAUGGAUAGACUGCGAUUAAGCGUCACGAUUGCGGAAAAAGCGUCGUUUUGAAACGACUCUCGUAAAAAGAAGAACACGCGGUGCAUUUCUUAUCUCAGAAAUUACAGAACACAUUCUUUGGAAUUUGUGUCUGAUUCUCUCGAGUAGAAGUUAAUCUGCGCCGGUUGAUAUUAAAAGAUGACCUAUUUUGAGCCAAUUGGCUGGUUCAUUCAGGUAAGAGCAGACUUCAUCAUCAAAUUGUGCUUGGAAUACCUUGUAAUUUAAAUAGAAGUUACAAGGGGGGCGGGGAUCUACCCAUGUCAUACUGUAAGACAUCCAGUGAGGCAGACAUUGAUCUUUCUUUAGUGUCUUUGCUUCUUAUCUUAAAACUUUGUUUGCGUGCGAUCAAAAUGGUGUCAUUAUUAUCAAUCAAUGACAUUUCUGAAUCCUAUAUUGCCUUAAUCGUCUCUUUCUAUGUGUAAAUAAUGACAAAUAUUUAAUGACAAUUGCCAAUUGCGGAACUAAUGAACUAAUUUUAUGACUUCCGUUCGAUAACCGUUGGGAGUCUAGAAAAAGGCAGAAUAUUCUAAAUGAAAGACUAUCGAAGCAAGCAACCAUAGACAAAUAAUUCUGCUGGUUUACGUUGGAUCAAACUAGUGAUCAUAGCGGUGUAAAGCAAUAAUGGAGAGAUUGUAAGAGGGUCUCAAUGAGGUGACGGCUUCCAUGGCGAACGGUUAAAAUUUUGGCUAAUUUACGGCCAACGGUUAAGAUUUUUCCGUUGUUUUUACAGAAAUAUUCUUUUCGAUGAACUUUUUCACAACUAACGGAUGAAUUUGUCAAUUUUGACGCCUAACGGUUAUAUUUUUGAGCCGUUUUACGGCUAAUGGUUGACCCCAUUGAGACACUCUUAGACAUUACAAUAU